AUGCUUGACUGGAAAUCCUGCGUCCUCGAGUCCGUCGACUCUAAUCCCUCCACCUCACGCACCGACUCGGCCAAGAACUCGCCCUCUCCCGCAAUGCAUCCUCCAGAGACCACCGCUCCGCGCAAGUUCGCUCCCGAUGCGUCCUUGGUGCUUGUUGGCAUUCGCGGCUGCGGGAAGCGCUCGCUAGGAUUCGUCGCAGCCACAGCCUUAAAGCGACGAUUCAUCACAGAAGACCAUUACUUUAAAGAAAUCACCGGCGUCACGAGGCAGGAAUACCUGAAGACACAUGGCAGCCAGGAAUUCCAACGUCGGGAUAUCGAGGUGUUGAAAAUGAUGCUCGACAAUCACCGGACAGGCUGCGUGGUGGAAUGUGGAUUGGGCAGUCUUACACGGCCUGUUCAAGAUCAUCUGCGGCGCAUCGUCAGGACAAACCCCGUCGUCCAUAUCGUUCGUGACAUUGAUCGCAUUCAGCAACUUCUCGGGUUGGACGACCAAUCCGUGCGACUGUUGCGCGAGGGAGACCCGCUACAUCGAACCUGCUCCAAUUUCGAAUUCUACAACGUCGAGGACCGCACGCGAAUCAUCUCGGACGAUGGAAGCCCCGACCCUCGCUCCGCAGCCUACUCGUUUAAACUACAAGAAGUGAAGGAGGACCUCACCCGGUUUGUUCGUUUCGUGACCGGAGUCGACGUGAACCAUUCGAGUUAUGAUUCCCCAUUUGUGCUGUUGGAAACACCGCCCGAACUUCGGUCAUUCACCCAUGCUAUCUUCGUGCGGUCCUCAGACCUGAUCGCCGACAAUGUCAAUCUACCAGAGCUAGAGUCCGGUGGAGACGCCAUUGAGCUCUGCGUCGAUCGCUGGGGUCCCGAAAUGCCCAACGUGAUCAGCAAGCAAGUGUCUGUGCUUCGUCGUAACGCGCGGACUCCGAUCAUUCUUUCCGUGGACACGUCAUCACUUGCAGCCAGGAAAGAUCGCGAUCAAUCUGCGAUAUAUUUUGAUAUUCUGGAGCAUGCUCUCCGCUUAGCAGUCGAGUACUUGGUUGUCAAUCUUGGCCAGAAUCGAUCUCAAUUAGCCCAGAUCAUCCGUGCUCGGGGCAAGACCAAGAUCAUCGGCCAACACGUGUUCGAAGCGUCAUCGCGAGUGAAAUGGGAAGACGAUGGCUGCGUGUCCUUGUAUAACGAAGCUGAGAAACUUGGCUGCCAGCUAGUACGGCUCCUCCGAGUAGCCACCUCUAGGGAGGAAAAUGCAAGUGUGCUCGAGUUUGCCAACAAGAUUCGGUCUCUACCAGGAGACCACCCACCUCUGAUUGCCUACAAUAUUGGCCGUCUAGGACGGACAUCACAGGUGUUCAACUCGAUUCUCACAAGCGUGACACAUCCUGCAAUUACUCGAGAAACGGAGAAUGAGCGUGAUGCGCAAAUAACUUCACGCGAUGCUGUCCAGGCUCUCGUCCAGAGUUACGUGCUUGACCCACUGAAAUUCUGUAUCCUCGGCGCGAGUGUUGCCUACAGUUUGUCCCCGGCCAUGCAUAAUGCAGCCAUCCAGCACUGUGGCCUUGGCCAUGUCUAUCGAAUUCCCGAUUCUCCUUCUCUCGCAGUAUUGGAUGAGUUCCGACGAGAUCCCAACUUUGGCGGAUCUAGCGUUGUUCAACCGUGGCGUGUGGAGUUAUAUCACAAACUGGCCGCAAAAAGCCGCCACGCCGAGGCUAUUGGAGCCAUCAAUACCAUCAUGCCCUUACGGGGGACAUCAGAUGGGACGAUGUACCCUCUCCAAGAACAAGCCAGUCGACGCAACCAGGCAGGCCCUGUGUUGGGUUGGUAUGGGGAGAACACGGACUGGGUAGGCAUCAUGACCUGCAUCACCCGUCAUUUGUCGCCCCGUAACGCGAUCAGUGCCAAGACGACUGGUCUGAUUAUUGGAGCUGGUGGCAUGGCACGGUCAGCCAUCUAUGCCAUGCUCCGCUUGGGCUGUCGCAAGAUCUUCAUCUACAACAGAACCCGAUCACGAGCGGAAGAGGUAGCACGCCACUUCAAUUCCUGGGCGGCAGCUCAGGUCGACUCCGCAGAGGUGGUCCGAGUACUCCCCUCGCUCCAAGAUGACUGGCCAGACGACGCCAGUCCACCUAGCAUGAUUGCCUCGUGUGUACCCGCUGAUCCCGACGGAGACCAACCCCCGGCCAACUUUGAGAUGCCAAUGCAAUGGCUCGGCAGUCCAACCGGGGGUGUUGUAUUAGAGCUGGCCUACAAGCCCCUGGACACACCUCUACUCAAGCAAAUGCGCCGAAUCCGAAAUGACAACGGCCGACCGUGGGUUCUAUCCGACGGCCUAGAAAACGUGAUCGAGCAAGGCAUUGCCCAAUUCGAGUUGAUGACUGGGCGCAAAGCCCCUAGGCGGCUGAUGACCCUGGAGGUUCUCCGCAAUUAUGAGGGAGAAGGCGGCCGAUUCGAUGAAAAGACGAUACAGGCCCGUUUGGACGGGAUUUGUUCUUAG